AUGGAAGUGAUGGAAAUCGCUGGAAAAUAUCCACUAAGAGCUCCAAUAACUCUUGCUCUCGAAAUGGAGUUCAUAGGGGUUGGAUGGAUUAGUUUGGGCAAUGAUCCUAUGGCCUCCAAGAAACAGAGACACAAUCGUUUGAACAGCUGGGCCAUUCCUGAAAAGAAAAAGCUUGAAGAGGAUAGUAGCACUGAUCCUUCUCUUAAUGCUUCUCAACGCUUCAAGCUCGACUUACCUCGUUGCUGCGAGAAAUCUGUUGAAACGAAGAAGAAUCUAUCGCCUGAUGUUAAAGUCCAGAGCUCUCUAAAGCAAGAGAUUCAAGAGCUUGAGAAAGAUUACAAAACCAGUUUGAUGUUCGUGGCUCUCUAG